GUGUCAUAGGGAAACCAUUCUGGUCUUUGUAGCUAUAGACACAGCUAUAAAGUAUCUUUGCACGAAUUCAUUGCUAUGCUACCAAGGAAUAGACUGUAGUGUAUUUCAUGACUGAUAGAUCCUUAAGUGUUAAUAGCUUAUCCCCAAAAAGAGAUGCUAUCCACCACUUUAGUAUCCUCAUUGCUAAUUCUAAGGCUGGUUGCUGCAGACAUUCAUUUUCUUGCAUCUAGUCUUAGCCCCACUUUUCACUGUGCUCCUUGACUUUUAUUAUAAUUUGAGCAGAUCAUUAGCAUUUUUAGAGACCAGACCAUUGUCAUUAGAAUAAAGCAGGUUAUUGAUGUUUUUCAAAUUUUAAAAUUAUACUGAUCUUUCAAUCCAGAUUCAAUAUAUAUUCUGCAUAUGGAUUGAAUAAAUAGGGCAGGAUUACAAGAUCAUACCAUAGUAUACUCUUGUCUUGUGGUUUCCUAAGCACAGAAUUGAUCCAUUUUUCAUCUCAUUUGCUCAUUCUUUCUCUACCAUUUCAUCUUUUCAGAUUCCACGGUUCAAUUUUCCAUGUGUCAUAAUCUUCACCAGAUGGGUUGCCAAUAGCCUUCAUUGCAUAACAUACUGCAUAGCCUAGACUACUGGCCUUAGUUGUACCUGUCUGCUAUAUGGAAUAUUCCCUGCUAAAGAAAAGGAAAUAUUACGAGUCAAUUUCACCACCUUUCGGCCAGUAUACUACAAGCACAAGCAAUGCCUAGUUUUAACUCAGGCAUCAUCACACUUUUCUUUACAACCUAAGAACUGUAACACUAUCCGGCAAACGAACACGCUAUUGCCAAAAUCCCAUGAGCUCCGAUGUACGUGCGGUGCAUUUACACACUCAGAACUCACUCCUCGGACUUUAUUGAAUUCAGUUUCAUGGGCAACGGACUGAUCCACAGUAAGAUGACUCCAUAAUCUUUGCAUUGUACCUCCAAAUGUGAUGUUCCGGCCAAUUAGGCAUUCUAGCCAGGCACGUGGAGCAGCCUGGGGAACUGUGCCAUAAGUUCUUGGAAGACAACAGGGGAACCUUUAACCGGAGACCAGAAAAACUUUUUUUCUAAGCCUGUUCUCAGGAAUAUACCCCUAACUUCUCCAGUUUGGAUAGCGAGUCCUAAGCCUUCGUAUAGUCAGUGAAUUGCUUCAGACCACAGGCGACGAUGCUGCCUUUAUAAAACCAAAGCCAGACUCCAGCAUUCUCCAAGCACAGCUCUCUUCCGAGACGUCCGGCGCCGAUUGAUGACGUCAUCGCUGUGCUACGUCGGAAGGGCGUUCCAGCGACCGCGAAGCCUGGAAGUGAAGUUCCUGAGGAAGGCAAUGACUGAGUACAAACUGGUGGUAGUAGGAGCUGGGGGUGUUGGGAAAAGUGCCCUGACCAUCCAGCUUAUUCAGAAUCACUUCGUAGAUGAAUAUGAUCCUACUAUUGAGGAUUCUUACCGCAAACAAGUUGUUAUUGAUGGAGAGACUUGUUUGCUAGACAUCCUGGAUACAGCAGGACAGGAAGAAUAUAGUGCCAUGAGGGACCAAUAUAUGAGAACUGGGGAAGGCUUUCUUUGUGUGUUUGCCAUUAACAACAGCAAAUCAUUUGCAGAUAUAAAUCUUUACAGAGAGCAAAUUAAAAGAGUGAAAGAUUCAGAAGAUGUACCAAUGGUAUUAGUGGGAAACAAAUGUGAUUUACCAACAAGAACAGUAGACACCAAACAGGCUCACGAAGUAGCAAAGAGCUAUGGCAUUCCAUUCAUUGAGACAUCUGCCAAAACAAGACAGGGUGUUGAAGAUGCUUUUUAUACAUUGGUUAGAGAAAUCCGUCAGUAUCGAAUGAAAAGGCUCAACAGUAAUGAAGAUGGGAAUCAAGGCUGCAUGGGGUUGUCAUGUCUUGUGAUGUGAUGAGCUGCCUUUGAAUCAUCCAUCCAAGUUCAAAGUUGAAUCUUAAUUCCACUGUGUUGCAUUUCAUGACGAUGCCUUGGCCAGUAUCAUGCAAGUUUCCAAUUGAUCAAUGCUAAAACAUUCUAUCAGCACCAGAAGAUACUGUUUCUGAACAUCUACCUCUUUGCUCAGUUGAGCAUGCAAAGAAAAUCUCAUAUGUUUUGUGUGGGAUAUUUCAUUUUCUUUUCUGGGUAGGUUCAAACAGAGAAACUUAUUAUAUAGGAACUAUAAAGGCCAAGUGCCUUGAAAGAAAUAACAUCUCAUUUUCUGGAAAGAAGGCUGGAAUGAAUUGUGAUCAUGCUGUUCCGAAAAAGCCAUUGCAUAGCAUUGUAUGGUAACAUUAUGUUUGAUUUCCUGUACACCAUUUUAAACCAGGAUAAUAUUUCCUAUACUAUGUACUUAAAUAUUCCUAUUGUACAUUAGGUUAAUCACAUGUAGUCUAACCUCUUUAAUUCUGGCCUUUUUAUAACAAAAGUAAAAUUAUUGGAUUAUCAAGUGCCUCUUUACAAAGGCAAGCUAGACCUUAAGCCUUAUCAUGCUGGUUGCAACUCUGGUUCCUAGCUGACCCAUCCUGAAUGUUUAAAGCUGACUCAGUUCAUUGGUCUGUGUUAACCCAGUGUUAUCUAUGCUUGACUUUAUUGUCUUAUCCUUUUAGUUGGGCUGUCCAAUGAACUGUAUAUGGAACAGAAGAUAAUUACUAGCCUUGCGCUUUGUUGUCAGAGUUCCUCACAUCAUUGGUUGAAAAGCACUUUGAGAUUAAGAUUCUCCAGAGGAAACAGCAGUCAAUUGCUAUUUUCCGGUUUUAAAUAUAAUACAUUCCAUUUAUCUUGUGCUUGAAGGUACUGGUGUUUUCAUCAGGACCACUUAUUAGCUGUGGAUACUGUCAACAGCUGUUACUCCAUUAUCAGUCAUAAUACAUGGCUGUGUGAAGUUUGUGUAGAAAAAAAAAUCUGUUUUAUCCCAGCUAUUUCUGCACUUCUAUUUUUAGUUAAACUUAUUUACUCCUUUGAUACCUUUGCAAAGCACAGUGUCCUUAGGCUUACUAGUGAAGAAAUGUAUUUAGGGAAUCAACUUCAUUGGCAUUAUUUGUUUUGAAAGCUCUCUCCAGGCUACUGCUGUGCAGUGAAACUAGAGGUGAAGAGCUAGGGCAAAAUGGAACUAGAGGAGUAGAGGGUGAAUUUAAUUUUCCUGCUGCUUAAUAGUAGGAUUAAACCAAUACUGUACAUUUAUUCUUACAAAAUAUGGAGCUGGAUUCCUCAAUAGCCUCCAUGCCUCUAUCAUGAAAGAAAAGGAGUUGUGAGUUUUCCUCUCUCUAAUGCUGAACAGUAGUUGAUUUGGAUUGCUAUUUAUAUGACGUAUCCAAAAUCUGGUCCUGAAUCCCUUGUAUAUGUAUCAUCUCACUUUCAAGUGAACUGCCUUCACUGAAAGUAGAUGCUUAAAAUGGUGUUAGGUGAUAUAAAAGCUGUCUGUGUGAUUGUUUUACAUAUCUGAUUGAUGUGGUUAUGUUUAUUGAAGCACAGAAAUGAGUUUGUGGUCAUUAAGUGGUUUACUGGUUUACAAUAUUGCCAUUUUACUGCAUAAAUUCUAAGUUGGAUAGAAAACCACUAUCCAACUUAAUCCAAACUGUCUAAUCACCAAGUAAGAAAGUUGGCAUAUUAUUUCCUAAAUAUAUAACUUAAUGGAUCAUUUCAGGUAUACUUGAUCUGAAGCUAAUUUCAUACAGCAUUACAUAGAACCAAACAAUAACGUGUUGAUAUGCUUUACUGCUGGCUAAUGUGUUAAUAUUAAACCAAGCAUAAGGACCCAAUGAGGACCCAGACUGUGGGGGCAAUAUGCUGACUCUGUAAACGGCUUAGAGAGGGCUGAAAGCCCUAUGAAGCGGUAUAUAAGUCUAACUGCUAUUGCUAUUGCUAAGCAAAACAGAGCUCAUUUUCUGGAGAAACUCAUGCCAUCUUAGCAAUAAAUUGAUACUGUUUAAAGUCCCUUUGCAUGUUGCUCAAUGCUACAUAGCAUUCAGGUUUUUUUUUAGUGUUAUUCCUUUGUUCUGUGGUAGAUAUAUGACAUAUUUACUGGUGAAGAUAGGAGUUUUGCUUAAUUUCUGUAAGUCGUGUAAAUUACAGGAGUACUACUGCAGAACAUGGGACUGCCUAAGUAGAAGUACAACAAAUUGUUGGGCUUAAAAGAAUUAUUGAGAAAUCACACUUCUUGAUUAGCAUUUGCAGUUUGGAAAUUGUAAUUACAGGAGCCUGAAUAUAAAAUGUCAUUUUUGGCUCAGUGUUCUGCAUGUUUGUCAAUGAAUCUGAGAAGCACAUAGUAAUAUAUUGGUAAUUUUUCCAUCUGAGGUUCACUUGUAUUAAAUGAUGUUUCAUCACGAGUGAGACAUAGGUUAAUUAAGAAGCAGUUUGUAGAAUGAAGUAGGUAAAAUCAGCUAAUUUGGGUGACGGAAGCAAUUUACAAGCACCAGUUUGCUUCAGUGUGUAAAAAAACAUUUAAUUAAAAGUUGGUAACAUUUGUAA